CUACUUGCACUUCCUGUUAAAAAAUAAGUGUCAUAUUUGAUGAACUUUGUGGAAAUUCAGUUAAAUCUUGGAUCACGCUAUGAUGACAAUAUUUUGGUUUGCUCCAAAUGUUAUGACAUCAUAAGAAAUGGGUGCAAAUGCAUCAUAUCUGGAAGGCACACAAUCGUGUAGCGGCUCCCCAUCUAAACUUCAACAAUUUACUCGUCUGGCAUACUCUUACACAGUUUCAGACACUGACUUGUCAUCCAAAGACAAGAAAAAGAAGGCAUCCAAGUUUGCCACACUUCGGAAGAAACUUACCCGCGUUAGAAGACACAGUAAGUCUAUGGAUUAUGGAAAAGCCUUGAGAGAAUUAAUAUCCACCUGGCCAACCAGAGACAUAGCUGCUCUGGUUCAACAGUAUGAGGCACUAAUUGCCAUGAAGGAGUUGUCAAUUUCAACAAAUUUAGCACGACCAGCUGCAAAAAACUACUGUCAAGACCUUUCACACUUGUAUGAUUUCAAGUACUGUACUGAUGUGGACUUGAUCUUUAAAGGCGUUUGCUUCCCAGUUCACAGGGCUUUGCUGUGUGCAAGGAGUCCAUUCUUUAGAGACAUUUUAUCAAGAAAACAUGACACCUUUCCGCGUGUUCAUAUUAAAUUACGAACACACGGUGUUGACGUAAGUCUGUUUUCAGUUGUGUUACGUUAUUUAUAUUCAGACUCAAUUAAUUACAAUGACAUCCAUUCAGAUUGUCAAGGAGUUUUGUACAAGGUGGCAACGGAACUUGGAAUGCCGAAUCCCUUGCAGCAAGAUAUGAGAACUUUGUUGGAGUCCUCAGAAUACUGUGAUGCUGUUCUUGUGUUCACAAAUGAGCCGGAUUUAAACGAAAGCUUUUCUUCAGAGGCUGGAUCGACUGAAGGAUUGAAUAGGUCAAAUCUGGAACUGCCAUGUCAUAAGGCCAUUCUGGCAGCAAGGUCUCUGUUUUUCAGGAAUGUGCUGUUAAGGAGGGCUAGAUCAGGUGAAGAAUUGACCGAUAUAGCAUUAAAUACGCCAACUCGGAUAGUGUUGGAUGAAUCUGUGAUCCCACGGCGUUACGCGCGUGUUCUAUUGCAUGCCUUAUAUCUAGACAGUGUAGAUUUAUCUUUAAUUAUGCGGGGAAGUGCAAGCAUGUGUAGCCUAAGUGAAGUGCAGGCCAUAGUGGCCGGCAAGGGGCAAAUGACGCUAGUUGAUGAGGCGAUGGAAAUUUACCAAAUUGGUCAGUUCCUAGAUAUACCAGCAAUUUCUCAAGGAUGUGAAGACAUAAUUGUGGACAGUCUCAGUGUAGACAACCUGAUCUCGGUGCUAGCAUGGAGCGAGGAGCCUCACGGCUCUCUGUGGGUCCAGCGCCAGGCCCUGCACUUCCUGCGAGAGGAGUUCCUUCAGAUCGGGAACUCGCCUGUACUGUUUGAGCUUCGUAAGAGGCAUCUGGUUGAGGCGCUGAGCUCGGAUCUUCUGCAGGCAGGAGAGCUGGAUGUGCUUACAGCGGUGAUGAAAUGGGGAGAAAACCUCCUGGUGAAAAGAAUUGAAAAACGAGAGCCCAAUCUUCUGAGCCACACAGCCCACAGCGUUAGCAAGAAAGGGGUCAAACGGCGUGACUUCAAUGAUGUGGAACUGAGAGAAAUCAUGGCAGAGAUCCUACCAUUGGUGCGAAUGGACCACGUCAUCCCGCACAACAACGAGGUGUUGAUGAGCGCGAUACGCCGCGGCGUAGUCAGCCUUCCACCGAGUCACAUGUACAGCGAUGACACGGGGGUUGGGCAAACUGCUGCAGCUUGGGUGCCUGGGAGAAACAAUGGCAUGUUCAUGAAACCAAGGCUGUUCACACCGUACUAUGAUGAAGCUAAGAGUAUGCUAGAAGAGCGUGAAAUGUCAAGCAACGCUGACCACAACUAUCCUCGAGUGCGUACGAUACAGAUGUCCUCAAUACCUGACACCCUGUACAUGGUCGAUGACCCCCAAUAUGUCCAGCAGUUCAUGGCGGUCAACCCUGUACCUCUCAGCAACAUUGACAUCGUAUCAGGCUCCAUACCAGUGCCUUCUGUGGACAUGCUGAAGAUGAUGAUAGAGCGAGUACAGGACAUUCAGUCCACACCCCAGAUACAGCGGGCAUUCUCUCUCCCCUAUACUGACCGUCGGUCAGUUUGCCAUCAGUUACAGCUUCGCGUUGUGAGGGAAUUCGGCUGGCCGGACACCACAGUAGAUGUCAUACAAAAUGCCCACUACUACUACAACAGUGAUCCUCACAACUGUGGCAGAGGGUACCAGGAUCACAGUUACCCACCCCUGAACCAGUCCAGACGGCGGUCAAACUCCCAAUUGGAGCUCCGGCUUAGUAGGCAGCACAGUCCGCCUAAGCCUGUACAGAGGACCUCCUCCCCAGUUAUGUCUCUUAGAAAGUCAUACAGGCCUUCUACCUUUGAGUCCCCUUCCAGCAGUCCCAGCAGCGACUAUGAGGGAAGUCGAAGCGCCACCCUCACCAGCAACCAUAGCACGCUCAGCGACACCAUGCCUGACAUCGCCAUGGCAACAGGCGCAGUGUCCCAGAUGCAGCUUGACUUCACGCCCCUUCAGUUGGACAUAGGCGACGAACAGACUGGCCGCCAUGGGACACUGUAUAUAUAGAGAGGAAGUUAGUUUCAAGUCACAAUAGAGCAUGUCUGGUUAGCUCAUCAGAUAGAACAUGCGAUUCACAGCUAGACGACCCAGGUUCAAUCCCUGUUUCUGAAAGGUUUUGUUGUUGGUCAUCGUAUCAGACAGGGUUUUGUCCCGUUACUCCAGUUUUUCUCUACUGUACUAUACCACUCCAAAAUUGCAAAUCUGUCUGCAACAACCAAAUGGCAGGAAAUUGCAGCUAUAAAUUUGUCCCUACUUUUGUGAGUCUAGCAAGUUGAUAAGUUAGGAGUGCUUGGAUACACUUAGGCCCAGAUGGACUUCCUUAAUGUUCUAAUGCUCAUACACUUCAAGUUAAAACCGAUUUGGCAGUUCUCAGAUAUGGGAUAAUGUAUAUAUAUUGAUAUAGAGGAAAUUAAAUGGAACAGAUUGGUAUCUCAUACUAUUUCAGUGUUCUGAUCAGGAAAACUGUAAAUUGGGAAACGAAAUUUGUGUGAUAACAGAUUAUGGCAUCUUGUUUGUAUAAUCGCAGCUGAACAACUGGCAAAGCUUUAUAUUUAGAUAAGCACAACAACAGAAAAAUAACAGCAUCUAAGACACUUUAUGUGUUGUUUUAAACAGAGUUGUCAUAAAAAAAAUUAGGAAUGCCAUUUCAUUACGAGUGCAAAUGAUUGGAAGAAAACUAAACCACAUACACCUUGUUUAAAAGGAUUUAUAUUUUUCCAUCACUAAAAAAAGUCUCAUCAGUUACAACAUCAUUGUGCUUUCAUUUAAUAAAAAAUCACUGUUCAUUGAAUCUAUUUAAAUAGACUAGUUUACCUAAAUUGUAUUUAAAUUCAUUUUCAAAGACGACCUUGAAUGCUUUGGUUGUUGGCAUUUCUCCCUACCUCUUAUUUAAGUUGUCAGUUACUAGCGAAGUAAUUGCACUUAGUACUUGUAAACCAACUAAACAAGUAAAAGAGUGACUUCUUAAACUGACCACCAUGGUAUGAUCAAGCUAUGACUUAAAUACUGUAGAAAACAAACAACAAAAAACAAACAAAAUAUUAUAUUUCUUUUGUAAUUAACAUUUAAUGGAAAAUAAUGUUGUGGGAUGCAUAAACUAAACCAGAACAAGUAUGUGUCUGUUUCUAUGUUUCUACAUUAAAAUGAAUAAAGAGGUUUCUUUAAAUAUCUAGUUGAGGUCAUAAUGUCAUUUAUAUUGCAAAAGACCCAAAAAGGUCACAUUACUAUUUGGCAAAUGAUCAUUCAUUUGUUUGCUGAUAUGCAGCAACAUACAAACUAGGUAUUCCAAAAUUUCCAAAUUGACACGUUUUAAGGAAUAGACCAUGGAAAAGGUUUAGGUUGAACCUUGAAUUUGUGUUCCUUACUUACUUUGUCCAUACAUAAAUAAUUUCACUAGAAGUAAAGAAAUAUAAUUGAUCCCUUUUGAAUAAAGAGUAUGCGAGCAAAAACUAUUAAUGUUGUUAGUGUAUUUUGUGUUUAUUCUGAGUGUAGUACCACUGAAGAUUUACCUCAAAUUUCAGCAAGUAAUUGGUGCAUUUGGGUACUUAUUGGGUUAUUUUCAUUAUUGAUAAAUGGCAGUUUAUACUUUUUAUACCCCCCUUCGAAGAAGAGGGGGUAUAUUGUUUUGCACAUGUCGGUCCGUCCGUCUGUCCAUCCGUCUGUCCACCAGAUGGUUUCUGGAUGAUAACUCAAGAACGCUUAAGCCUAGGAUCAUGAAACUUCAUAGGGACAUUGAUCAUGACUGGCAGAUGACCCCUAUUGAUUUUCAGGUCACUAGGUCAAAGGUCAAGGUCACAGUGACUCGAAAGAGUAAAAUGGUUUCCGGAUGAUAAGUCAAGAAUGCUUACGCCUAGGAUCUUGAAACUUCAUAGGUACAUUGAUCAUGACUGGCAGAUGACCCCUAUAGGUUUUCAGGUCACUAGGUCAAAGGUCAAGGUCACAGUGACAAAAAACGUAAUCACACAAUGGCUGCCCCUACAGCUGACAGCCCAUAUGGGGGGCAUGCAUGUUUUACAAACAGUCCUUGUUAUUGUUUAUUUGUUGUGUUUGUUAUCUGUUCUUGUGUGACACAUCGGCUGCCUGAUUAGGCCACAUUUGCUUUCAUUAGGUCAUUUAUCAAUAACUUUAAACUACGCAUACAUAAGUGUUCACUUCAGAUGCAAAUUAGAAAUAAAAUUAUGGUUGAAAAUGAACUUCUUUAAUCAGACAGAAAUAACAUUUUCAUGUUUUCUAACAGAAGAAAUAUGUGCUAUUCUGUUUUUAUGCCCCCUUUCGAAGAAAAGAGGGUAUAUAGUUUUCGCACUGUCCGUCUGUAAGUCUGUCUGUCAGUCUGUCAGUCACACUUUUCGUGUCCGAUCUCUAUUUCAAAUAUUUUUCAUCUGAUCUUUACCAAACUUGGUCAGAAGUUGUAUCUAGACAAUAUCUAGGUCAAGUUCGAAUGUGGGUCAUGCCUGGUCAAAAACUAGGUCACAGGGUCACUUAGUGCAUUUCAAGGAUUUAGCAUGGUAAAAUGCCCAUAACUUCUAUCAAAGCGUUUAUAGGGGGCAUUUGUCAUCCUAUGGUGACAGCUCUUGUUUUGAUAUGGCAGUAUCUCUUAAUUUGUUAUCUAUGAUUGUUUCGUGUUCUUUUUCUUACAUAUUACAUAUCGAUUAUUUCAGUGUUUAUGCUUCCUAUUUAAAUGACUGCCAUAUUUAUUUCAUCAUUUUUUAUGUACAUUAGUAAUAAGUUUGUUGUUAUGCUUUUCCAAUUGUGUAAAAGGUUGUAUUUCUUAAUUUUGUAGAAUUAUUAACUUGCUUUUGUUAAAAUAAAUAAAAUUCAACUCUUACAAUUCUUGAUGACACUUGAAAGUGAGUUAAGGCAUUCGCUAUCAAUUAAACACACACAGGUAAAUAUUAGCUGCUUUAAUAUUUCUUAAAUUACUUGAAUAAUGUUUUGACUCUGAAUGUAAUUAUCAACGUUCUACAUGUGUUGUUUUUAAUGAUUUGUAAAUAUAUUUUAUUUAUUGACAUAUGUCGUUGUUUUCUUUAUGUGAAAUUCUUAAACUUAAAAUUGAAGGGAACAUUUGUUGUAAGUUUAGUGAUUUAUAUUAAUUUAUAUUUCCUUUCUGUACAAAAAUAUUGUUAUAAUUUAUCCUCAGAUUUAUUGGUUUUCUAUUUGUAAGCAUUCAGAUAUUAUAUGUAUUUAAUUUCAAGCCAACUUUUUAAAAUUCUUUGAUGUUAAUACAUUAGCUUUUACAAUUGGCAUAAGGGCUCAAGUAUACUUUAGAGUACCCGGGAUACGUUUUAAGUAGAACCCGAGCCAACAAUGACAGAUGGAGAGUCAUUAGGCAGCCCUCUGUUGCCCCUUUUACCUGCACCAUCAGGGACCUUUGUAGAAUAGUCCAUGGUAUGCCACUGUUCAACAAACACAAUACACAUACAUAAGAAAAUAAUUGAGACUAUUUUCAAGGAAUCAUUUUCCUUACUUUUGUGCACAUUAAUUUGUUUGAUACCUUAAAGCGAGAUUAUACGAUUUUGUCAAAUAUUAAUGAAUUUAUAUAAAAUGUGUAAAAAAAACUUAUUAUAUAUUUUAUUUCAAUAUAAAAUAAAAUAAAAGUUCAGAAGAACAUGUGUCGAAAAAUGCGAAAUAAGCCAGAUAUUUAAUUCUGAAAUCGAAAACGGCUGUACAGUCGAAUUGCCAGCAUGUAUAUCAUGCAUGUACGAUGUGAAUCUAAACUUAGUUUAAUGGUUCAUUUUAAAUUCCUGCAACGAUAUAUAUUCAAACAACACAUGAACACCAAUUCUGGUCCUAAUAAAAAGAGGAAUGCUUCGGUUAUUGUAGGAAAAUAUGUUCGUCACAUUCGGCUGGGCACUUAUUUGUCUUUGCUGCAUUUUAUUAAAUUCGUCUUUAAUGUAUAAUUUUUCUUGCCUAUUUUGUGUUAUUGUAACAUUUUAUCGAUAUAUUAAAAUUUAACACAUAUAAAAAAAAUCGUAUAAUCUUUCGUUAAGAGAAGAAAACAAAUGGUCAAAAAAGUGAUUUUUACCAAUCUCCACACAAUUUCAGGGUUUUCAAGUGUAUGCUUUAAUUCAGGAAUAUUUAAGUUGCUUUUAAUUUGUAUCUUUUUACAACUUUGUUUCAAUAGAUUCUCAUCUGAGCCUUUUGCUAUUGAGGAGAUAAUGUUAUAUACAUAACUUGGUAAAAUUCGGAAUAAUAUUGACAACAAAAUACAUUUUUAGGCAUACAGAACCUACAAAUAUCUUAAAUGCAUAAACAACUACGAUUUACAAUAAUAUGUAACUUAAUGGAAAGCGUCUUCUUGCAUUGUGAACGUAUUACCAUUUAAAAAUUCAUUCAGCAGUUUCAUUAACUAUGCCAUUGUGCAUUUGUUUAUUAUGAAACUUCAAAUGGGAUUAUGGUUCAUCCUUCGACAUUCAUUAGAAGUUGAUCUCUGUAAAAAUGUGUGCCUAAUUUCAAAUAUAUCUAAAAGUUUUGUUUGAGGCAAUUUGUAUCUGACUGGAUUUAAAUUCCUGCUUUCAAAUUCAAUCGCCUUUGAAUACAAUUUUUGAACUUUGGAGACGUUUGAAAACAAUUAAGUCAGACAUUUUAUUUAUUGGAUUUUGUUAGCAUAAAAUCACAUUAUUAUGAUCCAAAAAAGGAAAAUGAACUAAAAAUACAAAUAGCAAAAUUCUAAAAAAGUGAUAAUAGUAUACCGGUAACCGAUUUUGUUUGGAAAUCUUGAUGUGACCCAUAUUUCCUAUUUACAUAAUUUAUGAACAUAUAACGACAUCUCUACUUAAAAUAAGCAUUGGAAAAGCAUGGUUUUGUAAACAGCAUAUAUAAUAUGUUUAUUAUUCAAUUGUAUAUAUUUUAUGAUCCUUAAAUUACAAUCGGGUAAAAUAUAGUCGGAACGGUCAUUUGUAAAUAUUGUUGUUCAUAAAACUAUGUUGCAAAGGGGUAUUGAAAUGGUCUAUUGAAAUGUGUUGUUGCAGUUGUAUGUUAUGUGCAUGCAUGGCGUGUACAUCACCUUGUUAUCAAUGUCAAAGUAUAUUUGUCAGAUCAUAUUAAGUAUAUAAAUGAACAUGUAUUGAUUAAAUCUUGUAAUGCA